GUCCACACACCAGCGGCUACAGCUGGAGUAAAGAUAGAGAACGAGGGGUGGCUGUGGGUGUUGGGGGCUAUUGUGUGCGCCUAUGACUCGACAUGAUUAACGCCUGUUGACGCCUUCCACAUCACGUUUGCCGCCCGUGACCCGUCAUCCGCCAGCCUACUCUCAUCUUCCUUCAUGUAUUCACGCCUUGCCACCGACCUACGGAACUUCGCCAGGACCGUUCCAUGAAGUGCUAUGACCUUUCCACCGCCGUCAAAGGUCGUCGAGGACGAUGACAAGGACUUUCAGCAGUCUGACCUUAAACCCGGCGAUAAGCCCGAAGACGCGCUAGCUGCCAAUCGCGGGGCUAUUCGGAUGCCUUCCCCAGAUCCGUCUCCCAUCUCGAUAGACGACUCGAACAACAUACGACUUGGUCGCUACUCAGAACAUGUGCCGGCUCAUGGUGAUCGUGGACAUGCUUCGCAUUCGACAAACCCUCCACGGGGCUUCAAAGGCAGAAUACAGCUGUUUUGGGUCGCAAACAAGGGACUUGCCCUCGUGCUUAUAUCACAGCUGUUUGGCGUUUUGAUGAAUGUUACAACCCGGAUGCUAGAGAUGGAGGGGAACGAUGGCAAAGGCUAUCAUCCUUUCCAUAUCCUCUUCGCAAGAAUGAGUAUAACUGUACUCUGCGCAUCAACUUAUAUGUGGUACAAGAAGACGGAGCACUUCCCUUUCGGUAUGAGAGAAGUGCGCCCGCUUCUGGUUGCUCGGGGUCUUCUCGGCUUCUUUGGGGUUUUCGGAAUGUACUAUUCCCUACUGUUCCUUCCGCUCGCCGAUGCCACCGUCAUCACAUUCUUAGCCCCAAGUCUCGCCUGUUGGGCCUGUAGCUUCCUAAUAAACGAACCAUUUACGCGAAUGGAGCAAAUUGCUGCAUACGUAUCCCUUUUUGGGGUCGUAUUAAUCGCAAGACCAGACUCGCUUUUUUCCAUGUUCUCACACUCCGAUGAGCCAGUGCCUCCUGCUAGCGGCGAUUCGGACUUUCUACCCGCUCCGAAUGGAACAACCACCUCGCCCGAUCGCCUCGCUGCAGACUACGAUGCCGUAACACCAACUCAGCGAGCGACGGCAGUAGGGCUCGCGAUGUUGGGUGUUGUAGGCGCAGCAGGUGCUUAUACAACCCUUCGGUGGAUUGGCAAGCGAGCGCAUCCGUUGAUAUCGGUCAACUACUUUGCAGCUUGGUGUACGAUCGUGUGCAUUGUAGCCAUGUCUACUAUGCCGAGUGUUGGCUUCUUGCUCCCCCGAUACCUGAAGGAUUGGUGUUAUUUGAUAUUCCUCGGCAUAUGCGGUUUUAUCAUGCAGUUCCUCCUCGCAGCCGGCCUGCAAUACGAAAAAUCGUCGCGCGCAACGAACAUGGUGUACAUGCAAAUGCUCUUCGCACUUACAUUUGACAAGAUGGUCUGGGGUACAACACCAAGUGCGCUAUCCAUUGUUGGUUCGUCGCUUAUUCUGGGGUCGGCAAUCUAUGUCGCAAUGAACAAGGAGGACCCGAAACUAAAAGUUGAGCCGAGGGAAAGAGGGGAUGAAGAAGAAGGACGAGGUUUGAUGUCCCCUGAUGCUGAUGACCAAGGAAGAGUCGACAAUACCGAAAUUCCGAUGAGGCCGUUACGAUAAUGACUUAUUGUGGGCAGGCGUUGCAAGGAAAAGGCCGACCCGAACUCGUUUUAACAAGUCAGGGCGACAGAGCAGCGACAUACCCUACGGGUACAGAGGUUUAGACCGG